AUGGAGAAGGUGAACAUCGAACCUUGUGUGAAGAUGGACACCCAAACCCUUGACCUUCUCAAGAUAAGAGAUGAUGUCACAUGGUACAUAAGGAAGCUAGGCUUGAGCAAGCUCUUCAAGCUAGAGUGUAGUGAGUACUCACAACUCACCAAGGAGUUCCUCUCCACAGUAGCUCUUGCCUUUCCCAACCACAAUGGAGACCAACCAGCUGGUGAUGGACUCCUACUCUUCAAGAUAGGCGAUGCCAAUGGGCGCAUCUCCAUCUCAGCUCUAUGCCAACUCUUUGGACUUCCCAAUGAGACAGCACAUGACUUCAAGGAGAACUCAAAGAGGAAACAAGCUGCCUUUGCUGAUUGGACACACUUUGCCAAUGAACCAUUCUUGCCUUCAAGAUCAAAGGUGUCUAGAAUCACUCAUCCAGCCAUUCGCUAUGUGCACCGCCUCAUCUCCACCACUUUCCAAUGCAAACAAGAAGCCAACAAGGUCACAACUGAUGAGUUCUACAUCCUCACCACACCAUUCAUCAAGCAUGAGUACAAGGCCAACCUUGGUCUUUUACUUGCCAAGACAUUCAUCAAUGUGAGGAAGCUAGCUCAAGACUUGGAAGGCAACAAGAAGCUUUGUCACAUCCACUUCCUAAACCGUUGGACUAAAGACCCAACUCGGUUUUGCUAUGAGUUUCCAAUUGGUCCAGCCAACACUUCCCUUGUCUUGCUGCCACAUGAAGACAUCCCAAGCCUACGCUCAGCAUGCAGUCAAGACUCAACGCCGCCACCAAGAACGCCAUGUUCUCACUACUGGCAUGGCCGCGCACCAAGCUCUAGACCGUGUAACAAGCUGGAGAAGAUCGUGGAAUGCCAAUCUCGCUUCAUCUCACGCCUAGUUCGUGUAGUUCGCCACAUUGCACCGGAGAGACUCUUUCGCCCUUCUUCCACCGCUAGAGAGCCAUAUGAGCCUGACCUUGGUGAGUUCUCACUAGACUCAGAGCUUGGUUCAGAAGGCGAUGACCCCAUAGAUGAGGAAGAGAGUUCUUCUCACUGCCACACAUAG